AUGCAGCUGUUUGAAUCUUACUCUCUAGAAACAGGAACAUAUUCAGGACUUUUUCUUCUGUUUUACUGUUCCAGUUUUUGCUUUUUAAGAGCUAAUAAAUAUUUUGUGUUGUGUGUUACCUGGCUCAAAGGAAAAUCCUGAUGCCUUGUGCCUCCUCGCACACGUGCUGCAGGACCAGUCCUCCGGCUCCGGCGGAACCCCGGACCUCCUACCUCCAGAUGGCUCCCCAGAGGCUCUACACUCUCUCCGUGAUGCUGGUGUGGAGCUGCGUGGUGGCCUCCUCCUCCUCCCACAUCCCAGUAGCUCCCCCACGAGACCUUCAGAUCACCGACCCUGGACUUUUGGGUCCUCUCGAUAUAGAGUGGAAACCUCCACCCGAUGUACAAACCUCCAGUGAAUGCACAGUAAAAUACAAGUUUGAAUAUCGUAACACUGGUGAUACGGACUGGAAGGUUAUUUUUACUAGGAGGCUAAAAUUCAGAGUUGGAUUUGACCUCAGCAGGACUGCUGAAGUGAAGGUGCAGACUCUGCUCGAAGGACGGUGUACCAAUGGUGUGGAGGUGCAAAGUGACUGGAUUUCUGCUACCUUUCAGGUCCCACUGCAAGGAAAACUGGAAUCACAGGUCCAGAAUUUCCACUGCAUCUAUCAUGACUGGGAAUACCUCAAGUGCACUUGGCAGCCAGGUCUCCUCGCUCCUCGUGGAGCACAUUAUGGGUUAUAUUAUUGGUACGAGGGGCUGGACCAGGCAGCACAGUGUGAUCACUACAUCCAGGACCACGGCAUGAACGUGGGCUGCACUCUGCGAAACCUGAGCCAGGCAGAAUACCAGGAUCUCAACAUUUGUGUCAAUGGUUCGGCAGCAGCCACCCCGCUCCGGCCACUGUACAGCACCCUGCGCCUCCACAACCUGGCCAAGCCUUCCCCCCCGAGGCAGCUGGUGGUGUCCGUGUCUGCAGCCGAGGAGCUGCUCGUGGCGUGGAGCCCCCCGGGCGGCCAAACACCGCCCCAGUGCCUGGAGUACGAGGUGGAGGUGGCAGAAGAUCUGGAGGAGGCCAAGGCUGCCUGGGCGCCUGUGUUGACCCAAAUGGAGACUGCUUGCACAAUCCCCAGAGCAAAUCAAAGCCACGUUUCAUGUGUUCGUGUCAGGGGCAGAACAAAUAUUUUUUGUGCUGACCAGGGCUUUUGGAGUGAAUGGACACAGGAGUGUUUCUCUGUGUCCAGAAAAGAGGACAAGCAGCUAUUUAUCCUCAUUCCAGUCAUUCUGAGUUUGUCAAGUAGCCUCAUAAUAUUUAUGUUGAUUGGCCAGUGCAAGAAAAGGUCCUCAGAAGGAAAACCAUCAGAGGUGUCUGUGAGAUGUUAACUGUGCUUGGGACUGCUGUACCACUUGUGUUGGAUGGGCUGCUCCUGGCACAUCAUCCCAAGGGCAGCUGAGAAGCCCUGAGCUUUCCACAGCCCUCAGGGGUCUUCCCCACCUGCUGCCAUUUGUGAAGCCGGUUGUUGCAAUUCAAGCCCUUAACGGACCCAGGGAAACUGGAGGAGUUUUAAACUGACCCUGCAGGGAAACUGGAAGAGUUUUAAGCUGACUCUGAAGCAAGCUCUUUCUGGUAACCCGGCAAGGGAGAGAAAGGAGGCAGUAGAAACUGCUAUGAAUAAAGAUAACACGUUGU